GUCCCUCCCUCCAGCAAUCGGAUUGCCUGUGCCACUGACGACAGCCAGUCACACAGUAACGGGAGUGUGCUGUGGAGAGACUGCAUCAAGGAGCUGUGCGCUUGGAUCGGGAGCGGUGCGUGGGAGUUGUUCUGUCUCUACCUGCCAUUUGCAUUCCUUCUUUAUUCUCAUCGGACGAGUUCGGGCUCACAAGGAGCCCCAUUGCCAAGGGAGGAUCGCACUGUAUGUGCGCGUUUGUGUGGGUUAUCUGUUUUAACGACUGCCAUCGUCUCAGAACUGCGGCACUGCCGUGGUGGAGACAUUCGUUGGAAAUCAGCAGGAAACGGCUGGCUGGUGUCUGUUCUCUCCUGUCAUCUUUUUAAAGCUAUCUAUCAAUGCGAUGGACUUGAGAUAGUGCGUCUCAAUUUGAGUGUUGGUGGCUGGGAGUUGCCGUCGGGAAGAAAUGCGAAAGGAUGCUUGGAAGCAGUGAGGGCUACAGCAGGUAACCGAUAAGAUGGUGGGCAGGGAAGCGACUGGGAACAGCUACCUGGUGGCUUUCUGGCAGCCUAUUCUGAUCCUGAUGCUGAGCACAGUGCUGUCUGGAUCCACAACAGGCUGUCCAUCCCGGUGUGAGUGCAAUUUUCAAGAGCGAUCUGUGAUGUGCCACCGCAAGAAACUCAUGACAGUUCCUGAGGGCAUUCCUGCAGAAACAAGACUGCUGGACCUCAGCAAAAACCGUAUCAGAACCAUUAACCCAGACGAGUUUGCCAACUUUCCCAACCUCGAACAUCUGGAACUCAGUGAAAACACAAUCUCCACUAUUGAACCUGGAGCAUUCAACAACCUUUAUGGUUUGCGAACAUUGGGGUUACGUAGCAACAAGCUAAAGCUUAUCCAGCUUGGUGUGUUCACAGGUCUGAGCAAUCUCACACAGCUGGACAUAAGUGAGAACAAGAUUGUCAUCCUGUUGGACUACAUGUUCCAGGAUUUGUACAACCUCCGCUCUUUAGAAGUGGGUGAUAAUGAUCUGGUUUUCAUCUCCCAUCGAGCUUUUCAUGGCCUAAGUAGCCUUGAGCACCUGAGUCUUGAGAAGUGUAACUUGUCUUCUGUGCCAACAGAGGCUUUUACCCACCUUCACAGUUUGAUCACUCUCAGGCUACGCCACCUCAAUAUCAAUGUCAUACGGGAUUAUUCUUUUAAGCGACUCUAUAGGUUGAAAGUGUUGGAAAUAGCAAAUUGGCCAUAUUUGGAUACGAUGACCCCAAAUUGCUUGUAUGGAUUAAAUCUCACUUCCCUUACGAUUGCAAAUGCCAACCUGACCACAAUUCCUUAUGUAGCCUUGCGACACUUGGUUUAUUUGCGCUUUCUCAAUCUUUCAUACAACCCCAUCCAUACCAUUGAAGGGAAUAAGCUCCAUGAUCUUCUGCGUUUGCAGGAAUUUCACCUUGUGGGAGGCAGACUGGCAAUGAUUGAGCCCUACUCUUUCCGAGGUUUAAACUACCUGAAAAUACUCAACGUGUCUGGAAACUCUCUUAGCACUUUAGAGGAGUCUGCUUUCCAUUCAGUUGGCAACCUGGAAACCCUGGCCCUGUAUGAUAAUCCCUUGGCCUGUGACUGCCGACUAUUAUGGGUUUUUCGACGGCGCUGGAGACUGAACUUCAACAGGCAGCAGCCCACCUGUGCAUCUCCCGAGUUUGUCCAAGGCAAAGAGUUCAAAGACUUCCCUGAUGUUCUUCAGCCAAACUACUUCACGUGUCGCAAGUCUAGGAUUAGGGAUCGCAAACCUCAGCAAAAAUUUGUUGAUGAGGGAGCCAUUGUUCAUUUUGCUUGCCAAGCAGACGGAGAUCCUGCUCCGGUGAUAAUGUGGCUAUCUCCACAGAAAAAGGUUAUCACCACCAAGACGAUUGGAAGGCUGUCUGUGUUGCCAGAUGGUACUCUUGAGGUACGCUAUGCCCAGAUUCAAGAUAAUGGUACAUAUGUGUGUAUAGCUAGCAACGCAGGUGGAAAUGACACCUCCCUUGCACACCUUCAUAUUCAUAGCUACUCGCCUGACUGGCCACACCAGCCCAACAAAACUUUUGCCUUCAUAUCCAACCAGCCAACAGAAACUGGCGCUAAUGGUACAAGAGCCAAUGUCCCUUUCCCAUUCGACAUAAAGACACUGAUUAUUGCGACUACAAUGGGAUUCAUCUCUUUUCUUGGUGUCGUCCUGUUUUGCCUGGUGCUGCUGUUCCUCUGGAGCAGAGGUAAAGGCAACACAAAGCACAACAUUGAGAUUGAGUAUGUGCCACGGAAAUCAGACGCUGGCAUGAGCAGCACCACAGUGGAUGCUCCUCGCAAGUUUAACAUGAAAAUGAUCUAACAGAGCUGUGGAAUUUAUUAAUUUUGAACUUUAAAAAAAGACAAAUGGUAAAGAAGACAUUUCCUUUCCUCUCUUACAAACCUGUGGAUCCUGGUCUGUUAACACAGAGUAAUAUGAUUUUUCUUUCCUGACUGAUGGACAAGAGGGCAGUUCCUGACUUUCAAAAGUGAGAGGGAAUGAAACCACACCCAGUGUUACAUGGCAUCUGUGGUUUCCACAAGGCCUGUGGGGGCAUUAAUUGAAAAUCAGAUUUGUCAUAGGCAGUUCUUAUUCCUAUGGAUUUAUAACAAGAUAACUAUAUUAAAAAAAAGAAAAACAAAACAUUUUAAAAGCUAGAAUGCGAGGGGCAGAUCAUAUUUUGGCCGUCUCUGUUUUUUGUGCGUAUUUUUUAUUUAGUGUUUGCUUUUUUCUGAGGUUAAAUGUUCUCUUAUGAAUGAGAUUUGUAUGGGUUGUUGAGCACAUUAAACACUGAUCAAUUUCAAGUACAUCUUCAUCACUGUAUAUCAUUGUUAUAAUUGUGAAUGCUAUGUGCCUCUUUUUUUUUCACCAGUCAUGGUUGUUCUGUGAUCCAGAAAAUGUAUUAUGUCACAAUAUGAAAAUACACAAUUAUUGGAAAGACAAAACCGUUAAUGACAUCUGAAUUUCACAGCAGCCCAUUCAUAACCAAGAAAACAACAAUAACCGGUCUGUAAAAUCAGAUUACAAUUGUAUCACCUGAAUUAUAAUGACAAAAAUAAUUUUUAAAACAAGUAUGAAUUUAGUGACAUCCAUCCGUAUUUUUCUACUGAUAUAAAAUCUCAGUGCUAAAAAAUAGCCAAAAGAUAUGUAAGAAUAAUUGUAUUUUUUAGACGAGACAAUAUUUACAACAAUAAUUAGUACUGAAAAGUAGCAUAAAAUAAUGUUAAAUGUGUUGUUUAAUAUGAAACAUUAGCGACACAUUUUUCCAUUCUUGUUUGAGCUGAGUAUCUAACAUCAGUACCACUCAGUUGAUUUUCAGAUGUUACCCAGACAGUGCACACAGAUGGAUCAGUGGCCGGAUACAAAAGGAAAACGAGAAAAGUGCUUGAAAUGAUGCUUUGUUCUCACAAUAGACCCACCUAUUCACAGCAGUUUUGCCAUCCAAAAAAUAAAAAUAAAAGGUUGGCCCUGGCACCUGGAUACUGUAAGCACUUACUCCUAAGCUUUUAAAUAGCAUUUUUUAAAAAAUUAUGUAUUAAUAUUAGUUUGUGCUCAACAUGAUUAGAUGGAAUAAAAGUUGUGGUGCUCACGCUUUUGGGUAUGAUGUGCUCCUCAAGCAGUAGAACAUUUCUGUCAUUGUUUUGUUUUUGGGUUUUUUUUUUUAUGAAAUUAAUGCUUUAUUCAUGACAAUACUGCCUCCCCCAGUAAAGCCAUGGAAAAAUUACCUUCCAGAAUCAUUUACAUGUUCGCUUUUUCCUAGAAAUGUGCAUUUAUUUGUCAGGGGGAAAGAACUGCAGCGUAUUAUGCUCCCACUUGGUCCUGCAUAUAAAAUCUGAAGUUACCUUUCCAAGUACACAACGGUUGUACAGCUGGGCUUUGCAAACAUGUGAGGAUAAAGGCCAAGUUAUCUAUGACGGAUGACAUUGCAAAUUACAUCACGGUAAUGGCUGGAAGUUUGGACUGAAUAUGCAGAUGGUUGAAGUGACACAGAUGGUUUCACCCAUGGAGCAAUCUGAAGCAGCUUUGGUGUAAUCCGUUUUGCAUAAAGGAAAAAAACAAACAAAAAAAUAACAAACAAAAAAAACAACAAAAAAAAACAGCUGGAUAUGGCUCAUGGUUCUCCCUCUUGCUGAUUAUGAAUGCUCUCUUUGUUCAAAGUGUGGCGACUGUACCUAGUCUUUUUUUUUUUUUUUUUUUUUUUUUUGUCCCAAGUGAUUUGGGGAAUUCUGGUUUUGGUAUAUGUUAUUCCUUUUUUUUUUUUAUUUUGACCAUGGACUAUACUGACCAUGUAGUCCAAGCCAACUUUUUACAAAAAAAAAUAUAUAUAUACUAAAAAAGAAAUCUAUGGAAAAUACAUUCAAAAUUGUUCUGUGCAAUAAAGGUAAUAUGCAGAUUUUUUUUUAAUUAACAAAAUUUUGUUGAUGUUGAAUUGUUAAGAAUAUGGUAUGUUGUAUUAAACAAUCUAUGGACUUUUGUAAAAAAAAGUCUUGAUUUUAAAGAUUCGAUUGUUUUUCUUAUAGAAAAAAAAUCACAGCUGUGUAUUUGUAGAUUGGUAGAUUAUAUAUAGUGAUGACUUUUCCAGGUGCUGAAAUUCCACAUCACUUAUGUGAAAUUGCCAUGAUUUCCAUUAAUUAUUUCACUUACAGCUACCAGAUUCUGAUUCAAUGUUCUUUUUUUAAAUUUAGCAUAAUUUUUUAAAGUUCUGCUUACCUGGUAGUUUAUGUGUAUCAAUGGCCCAAUGAGGAACAUAAUGUUUGAUUUUUUUUUGAAUACCUCAUUAAAUGAU